AUGGCAGUUAAAUAUGAUGCAGCAACACUUGAUCGUUAUUUAGAUGAUGAUUUAGCAUUGAUAAAUAAUACGAAUAUAUGGAAAGAACAUAAACGUGGUGCACAACAUAAAGAUGAUAUAUGUUAUGUUUAUAAGCAAUCAGGUGAUCCUAUUUGGUGGAUUAAAUUAGUUGGAUAUGUAGAAAAUAGUUCAUUAGCAAAUAUCGAUGAUCUACUUAAUACGAGUCUUAAAGAACGUCAUCCAGAAUGGCAUGAACUCUAUAUUGAUGGUCGAAUUAUAUGUAAAAAUGAUGAUGGUCGUAGUGAAUUUUGUUAUUUUCAAUAUGCAUCACCAUCUGCUCUAAUUUCUCCUCGUGAUACAUGUUAUCUGAAAGUACGACGUAAUCUUGCUAAUGGAUUUCUUCUUAGUUAUCGAUCCAUUGAUCAUCCUGAAGCAAUCGAUCUAAGUGGAAAAUUUGUACGAACAAUUUUUAAAGGUGCACAUCUUAUCGAAGCAACUGAUAACGGAAAUGGCUUUCGUUAUACAUAUAUACAAUAUGCAGAUCCUGGAGGACGCGUUCCGAAAAUACUUGCCAAUCGACCUCAAUGUGAUAUUAUUCUCAAUGAAAUUGAGGGGAUAAGAAAAGCUAUGAAAAAUCCAAUACAUUCAAAUAAAUAA